CUUGGUUAUACUGUACCUCUAAAUUGGGUUUAAAUACAGUGCUUGAGUAAAUGUACUUAGUUCAUCUCUACCACUGCAUUUUAAAGGUUGUCUACAGCAUUUCUGAUAUUGGUCUGUUAAAAAACAUUUUUUUCUUUAAAUCAUCGGAGGCUUCAUCUGGGAUACUGACCGACGUCCGGGGUCGGACUCCAACGUCAGUUGUCACCGGCGGGCAUCGGGCAGGAUUUGGCAUUAAGAUGUCAUCCUUUUCCUCAGCUUGUAAAACCAUCCAUGUACCACCUUCAACCUCCUCCAGAGAACAUCCCUAUGACUCUGCUGGGGUGAUUUUGAGCCAAGGUGGAUGUUUGACAUACGAUCAGGGCCAGAUGAUGGGAACUGAGCUUGGUCUGAUGGGGAUGACAGAGGUUGAAUAUACACACCUUCAGCACCUUAUCCAAGCCCAGAUGGAGGCACAAGCUCCUCCAGACAGUCCAGAUGUCAGAUCUUACCCUGCUGCAGUGAUGGCUAAAGACGCCACAGCGAUUUCUCCCGUUCCAACCACUCAAGCUAUUGACCUCUCAACUUCGACAGAGGAACACUGUCUGGUGAUGCCAGGUGAAAAAACACCAACGUCUUAUGGAGAGGUCCCAGGUUUUGUGCUGGCCAGAAUCAGAGGAGAAAACAGUCUGACUGACUCACCCACCAACAGCAGCACAUCUUCGCAGAAGCGAUCCAGAUCGGCUGCUAGAGUUUGCUUGGAGAAAAGGUUCAACUCCAUGUCUGCUGACACGCCAAGGCAGCAAGAUAUUCAGUCAGCAGUUCUUAGCAAUUUUUUGACGAUGUUUCAGCAGUCUGCGGAGGCUCAAGAGGCAGUCAUACAUCCUCAAAUGCAGAAGUGGAUGAAAACUGACCGAGCAAAUCCUUUUGAGGUUACCAGCCCAUAUGUCGGGGGUGUAUAUAACCCAGUGACCAUGUGUGGCCAAGUGAUUGGCCAUAUUCCUCACAUGCUUGAACCAAACAAGCAGCAGGGUUUAAUCAUCCCCAAGAGUUUUUCAUUUAAUUUCUGCCCAGAGAGGAUUGUUACAAAACCUCACUUUACCAGAAGCAGUAACACAACAGAAGAGCAGCAGUCGGUGAACAUAGAAAAUGAUUUGGCAAUAUCUGCUGCCUCCAGGAAGCACGGUAGUGCCCACAGCUCUCGACCUGUGAAGGCUGCUAAGGCUGCCCCAGACUCAGCUGGAGGAUCAGGGAGCAGCAGCGGGAAAACAGCACGAUCAUGUAUGUCGCUUAGCCAGCGCAGGGAGAAACACAACAGUAAGGAGAGGGAACGCAGGAAGAGGAUUCGUUUGUGUUGUGACGAGCUGAACAUGCUGGUGCCAUUCUGUGAUUCGGACACAGACAAAGUCACCACCCUGCAGUGGACCACUACCUUCCUGAGAUACAUCAAAAAAACAUAUGGUGACACCUUCAAAGAGGAGUUUCAGAGUGCGUUCACUGAUAAUAAAGGACUAUUUCUUAAAUCCAGCCCCUCUUCAGGCCAGGGCCCAUUCCAGCGGGAGAUGGACGAGUCACUGACCAUUCCUCUUGCGGUAGAACAAUGACCCCUUCACCAUUUUAUCGAUUAGAUCAGCCAGAUAUGGGAGCACAUUUAAUUUAUUAUUGAAUUUAACCUUUGAGUAGCUGGGAUCUCCCCAGACAGUCUGGCUGUGGGGGUUAGGUGGGUGUUGUUCUUACAUUUUAAAUGACAAAAAGUGUCCUUUAGAGGUGAGCUCUGCUUCUGACUACAUUACAAUGAUUUAGACAGUGGGAACUUUUCAGUUCCACGCCAUAUGAUGCUCAAACAUGAUUAGUUUUCUCCAGGAAGACAACACUAUAUCAGGCAAGUGUUUGAACUGCCAUAAAAGGGCUUUUCAUAAACUCAUACAUAGUUGUUUCCCUUUGAAAAACAGCUGAUAGAAAAAAAAUAGACUUCAGAGGCAGCUAUCAUACAUUUAGAAAAUGUUAAAUAUGUGUCUUAUAUGCUUCUUUCAUAUUUUGUUUACUACUUUGUUCAUACACAUUUUCUAAAAAUACAGCAUGUUGUUCAGUUUACUUGUCUACAUACAAAUUAGUCUUUAUUCAUAUAUUCCAAUAGUUUGGUAUGGAAGUGUUUCUACUUAAUAAAUUAAUGGGAUUACUUGACUUUCAUAGUGUUAAGCAUAUUACUCUCAAACUGUUCAUUUGAUAUGUAGAGAAGAGUGAUGUUUUACUGAAAAGUGGCUUUAUUUGUUCUUUCUUACAACAUGUCGCUGUAGCAUCUUACUGUACAUACAACAGUCACCCACAAAUAAUAAAUAGUAUUUAAAGUCAUGUAUAUUUAAUAGUUACAGCACCGGUAGUACAUAGUGGAUGUGGUCAUUGCAGAUUUGAGAAAAAAAAAGAAGGAAAAAAACUGCACCUAAGAUUCUUAAAUUUAUUUUACAAUGUCUGAUUUCUCCAUCCACAAGUUUUAUUUUGUUUUUGAUUCUCAAGUUUAGAUAAUCAACUUCACAUGUAAUUAAAAAACAAAACAAAAAACAAGCUGUAAAAAAAGACUAUCAAAAGUUGUUUUUUGGAUUAAUCUACACAAUUUCUGGGCACCUGGGUAUUGGUUCUUUUUAUUCCUUUUACAAAACAUACACAGCUCCUUGACAGAGGCUUUUUACCUCUGGCUCCUAUUUCCAUAUUUUACACUGUAAGCUCGUAUGUUGAGGUAACACCUGUGAUUUACAUUAAUGGGCUGUGAUACAUGCACAUUCACUUCAGAGACAGUCACUGUUUUUAGAGAUAAUGGGGGCAGGGAAACAACAUGUACAAAGUUUUUAUACAAAAAGGACUCAUCAUUCAUGUUUCCAGUUGUUUGUAAGUCAAGUCUUGUUAUGUGAUAGUAUUUGGAGCAAUGCAGUUGUUCUCUUGCACUCUUCCAUGCCUCUGUCCACUUUAUUUAUGGAUAUCAUCUUGAUUUUUUUUUUUUGUCUCUCAGUUGUUCUGUUAUUCAUGUCACUCCUUGGAUGUUCCUCUAUUCCUCUCAAAAUAUCACACCUGUUGAUGUUACUCUUCCCAUCUUGUGAUACAUGUAUUUAAAUAAAGAGGACAUUUUUGUGA